AUGGCUGCGGGCGUCCGCGUCGGUGGAAAGGGCUCGGUCCGGAGAAAGAAGAAGGCCGUGCACAAGGCCGCGCCGACCGACGACAAGCGCCUGCAAUCCACCCUCAAGCGUCUUCAACUCAGCCAGCUCCCCGGAAUCGAGGAGGUCAACAUUUUUAAGGACAACGGCUCUGUCAUCAACUUCCAAAACCCCAAGGUUCAGGCCCAGAUUUCCGCGAACACCUACGUCAUUUCCGGUGCUGCUGUCACCAAGCCGCUCCAGGAGAUGCUCCCGAGCAUCGUCAACCAGCUUGGCGCCGACAACAUGCCCCAGAUGAAGUCCCUGAUGGAUCAGCUGGGCGCCGGUAUGGGUCCUGCCGCCGCCGCCGCCCAGGCUGCCGCGCAAGCCACCGAAGGGGGUGACGACGAAGAUAUUCCGGAUUUGGUCGAUAACGCCAACUUUGAGCAGAAGGCCGAGGAAACAGAUGAGGCCGCGAAGGAGGAGGGCGACGCAGCUGCCGAUUCUACCCCUGCGCCCGCAGAGAACGCAACCGGAGCCGACGCCACCAAAGAAUAGACGUUGUAAAGAUCUCCCUCUAUCGCACCAAACGUAUCAUUGAUCCGCCUGUCUGCUUUUCAGCGUGCGUUUUGCGAAGUAGAGCUUCGGCUACCAGUCCACGCGGUCGCAGAUACGUGUACACCAUGCAGAAGCAUCUUCGCUCUUCGACGGUGGUAUCUCUGCUCCAGUUUCCUCUGUGCACACGGCGACUACAUGCUACAUCACUUUGAGUAGUUAUUUGUAUUUCUGUCAAGAGAGGUGCUUGUGUAGGGGCGGGAUAUCGAGGCCAGGGUCAGGUCGGAUUUAUGACGACUGACGAAAAUGUUAGAUUCUCGUAGGGCGACGAAAACGACUGGAUGUACAUGCCGUCGCCGACUGAAAAAUAGACUGAGAAAGGUUAAUAACUAAAUGCGUCCUACGACAUGUCCUUGUGA